AUGGGGGUUCCAUCUACAGAGAAGGUUGCUUUUGUCACCGGUGCCAAUGGUAUCAGUGGUUUUUCUAUUAUCGAGCAUCUUGUUCGCCAACCCAAGGAAGAAUGGAGUAAAAUCAUCGUCACCUCAAGAAGACCUCUCCCCAACGCCUGGAUCGAUCCUAGAGUCGAGUUCGUGGCAGUCGACUUUCUCGACCCGGUCAAAACCAUCAUCGCCAAGCUAGAGGAUAUCUGUGCUGAUGUUACCCACACAUUCUUCACCUCUUACGUUCAUCACGACGACUUCAGAGUCCUCCGAGAUAAGAAUGUCCCGCUAUUUCGCAACUUCCUCGAUGCUGUAGAUACAGCUUGUCCGAAUCUACAGCGAGUCUGUCUCCAAACAGGUGGUAAAUACUAUGGUGUUCACCUUGGUCCUGUUAAGAUCCCUCUAGAGGAAUCUUUUCUUCGGUAUGAUGAUAAAGGAUUCAAUUUCUACUACAACCAGGAAGAUUAUCUUAAGGAGGUUCAAGCUCGUCGGAACUCCUGGUCUUGGAAUGUGAUUCGUCCGAAUGCUAUAAACGGUUAUGCACCACAUGCAAAUGGAAUGUCGGAGGUCUUGACAAUUCUCAUUUACAUGCUUAUUUGUCGUGAGCUGGGUCAACCGGCUAACUUCCCUGGAAACGAGUAUUUCUGGAACUCCAUUGACGAUAACUCGUACGCACCCAGUCUUGCAGAUCUAUCUGUCUUCGUGACCUCGCACGAUCAUUGCAAAGACGAGGCUUUUAAUCACGUCAACGGUGAUGUCUUUGUGUGGAAGCACGUUUGGCAGGAUCUUGCAGCUUACUUUGGUAUCGAGGUUCCCGAGCCGAAGUUCGAUAAGGCUGCUGGUCAAGCUAAUACGUUGGCCAAUGAAAUUGACAUGGUUGAAUGGGCAAAGGAUAAGCGUGAAGUUUGGGAACGGGUGGUGAGUAAGUAUGGUGGUAAAGCCGAUGCCUUUGAUUGGGGUACUUGGGGCUUCUUUAACUGGGCAACUGGAAAGUCCUGGAUAACUAUCUCGUCUGUCAACAAAGCGAGAAAGUUUGGCUGGCAUCGGAAUGAUAAGACUUUCGAUACGUGGAUUGAGACUUAUCGGUCUUUUGAGAAUGCUGGAGUACUUCCUUCGCGUCGGGCAUUGUUGAAAGAUAACUGA